AUGAAGGUUCUCCUGUUUGCCGUCCUGAUUCCGCUGGUCGCUGCAUCGCAGGUGAAGUUAUUUCGGGCCGGUUUCAAUAAGCGGGGGUACGACUUUGGCGUUGGUUACGUAAAAGAAGCGUUCCCUCCUUCUGAUAUCGCCAAAGCUUGUAAGGACGCUAACCCUACUUUAUCGCCAGGAGUGAUAGUCGACAAGGGUGCUAACGACUGGAUUGUUGGUGAGUUUGUAUUGACCUAUACUGGAGACUUUGUGGAUGUUGAUGCAGGCUAAGAAGCAUCUGGCUUCCAGAAGUUUUCGUGCUGAUGAGUAUUGUUGAGCCAUAACUUCGCCAUUAGGGCCCGUAAGCACCUUUGGAAGCCAGGCACUUUUCCCACUGCCUGGGGUCUUUAGCAUCUACUAGACCAUCAGUAGGGAUCGGAAAACGUGAGGUCCCUUUUGGACGAAAUUGUAAAAUUAAUAGGAAAAUUUUCGGGUAGGAAAACGUCAAAAAAAAAACAAAAAAAAAUCGCGGCAGGACCCGUAGAGAAGUUAUCACGAGCUUUGAAUUAUAAAAAUUUUUCUUCUCUAACCUCCUUACUAAUUGUAGCGGCUACACCCGUAGUUGAAGCCAGAUGGCAUGUAAAGAUCCCCUACUUCCAAAUUGGAUUAUACGCCCAAGACCAACAGCUCAAAUGGUUCGACGAAAGCGUCCCGAGCAACUUUUCUGGUCUUCCGGCAGGAACUCAAAUCCCCGACGGCACCGCUUACUUCGCACUCGAUCCCCACGGCACCGACGGCCGCCAGCCCGGGGAAUGGUUCGUGUUGCCUGCGGGUGAAAAGGUACAUGCUUUGGUCUGUGGACGGUCCGUGUAAAACACAAAUAAAAAAGGCUUUUACUUGAUGAUUUUUUAGUUGGAAAUAAAUUUUGAUUGCGGAAAGAAGAAUGUUUGAGUGCGGGGAGUGACAAAGGGGAAAAAGUCAAGGAGAGACUGAGAAAUGUUGUUUUCUUGCAUGUACAGUGGCCGACCUGAUCCAGUGGCAAAAAACGUACCGUUUUGCAUCCGGGAAGCAUGAAAAAUGCACAUAUAAAACCCUCCUACAACACAAUAAAGAACCCGUUGGCCGUCACUUCAAUCAAUCCAAGAGAUAUGAAAUGUUUUAAUUCUGAGAAUUGACAAAAAAAUUUUUAUUGUGUAUGCAGUAAAUUCGUUAAAAAUUCAAACAAAGUCCAUUCAGGGCUUUAUGAACCCUUAAGACAACCUUCCACAGAUGACACUGGACUAUCUGUUCCUCGGGCAACACGAACCAUUCUCCGGGCUGGCGACCGUCGGUGCCGUGAGGAUCGACACCGAAGUAAACGAGAAAUCCGGAUGGGAUUUCAAAUCCCUGCUGGAAAUUGGUAUAGUUUUAUGAGACCAUGUCGUCGAAACGUCUGAGUUUCUGGUCUUCUGCGUACAAUCCAAUUUGAUAAUAGGGUAUGAUUACUCCCAAUUCCUCUGUCAGAUUCCACGGAACAUGGAAUUAUCCACGUCAACUCGAUGCAAUUUAUGGAGAGAGAGAUGUCCCCGGUGUCAACUGUUUCCCCAGCUGUUUUUCCCCGAUGUUCGAGAAUGUUCGAUGCAGAGGUACCGAAGCGGAGCGCCUGAAUCACGGCACCGUUACCUUCUCUCAGGUUUUAUCCCAUCUUGAUUGA